CUGUAUUUUCACAAAGGCUCAAUGCUGAGGCAUUUCUAGCUAACAGUAGAUGAAACAUAUAUAUUUAAGUCAUUUUCCGUGCAAAUAUGCACUGGACUUUAUGAACGUUGGUUCCAGUUCACCACCUCAGCACAUCCGAUUAUAUAUAUAUAGAGAGAGAGAGAGCGAGGCAGAGAGAGAGGGGGCCUAAAACAUUUCCAAUUUAUGCUGACCCCAAAGCAAAACUACAUAAAGGUUUUCCUGGCAAAAUUUAUUAAUGAACAAGUUUCUUCAAGAUUUAUUCAGAGAAGGUUUGCCAUUGCCUUUUCUUGAGGAUUAGUGUUGGAGACUAAGGUUUGAUUUCCCACUCAGCCAUGGACACCCACUGGGCAAGUGAUACUUUCUCAACCUCGGAGGAAGACAUGGGCAAAGAAUAGGUUUGCCUAAGGUCACCAUAUGUUGGAAAGACUUGACAACAUUUUCCCUGAACAUAAAGUCCAUAAACAUAUUGGAAAGACUACUUUUCUGAAUUUCAAUGCCCAUAACCUCACUGGGUGAUUUGGGGAUUCAAGGGGUUCCUAUCACAAACGAGUGUUGAUUAGGUUCUAGAAUUUAACAGGAGCCAAACUAAGUUGAAACUAAGACUAAGCUUGUUGCUGGGACCAGCUCAGAAUUUCAUUGUGAUGUCAACACAAGUGAACAGGAUGGUGAGUGAUGUCACAUGAAGGGACAGCAAUGUGGGAUUAUGGGUAAUUCUGCUUCUCUGCCAAGUGAUUGAUUUUUGUCUAUACGGCAAAGGCUAAGUGGUGGCUUCUUGGAGCAUGAAGACAGAGGACCUCUUCAGGAUGCUGCUGCUGCUGUUUGUGCUCCUGUUUCGAGCACCCUUCGUGAGCAACUCCCAUGCAGACCAGCUGACCUUGUCGACCUCUCAGAUUUCCUCCUGUGGCCUCAGUCCCGAGACCAAGGCCACAUCGUGGACACUGCCACUGGCCAAAGAAGGAGAGCCCGCCUCGGCUGCGUUUGAGACCCUUCCCUGGCAGGUCAGCAUCCAGACCCAGGGCAAGCACUUCUGCGGAGGCGCCAUCCUCAGCAACUGGUGGAUCUUGUCUGCGGCUCACUGCUUCCAGAGAGACCUGACCUCCGGGCUGUUUGUGGUGGUCAACAUCGAGGGUGGCACCUCGGAGGAGAGGGAGCUGGACCGGGUGCUCAUCCACCACGACUUCAACGGCAAGACCCUCUACAGCGACCUGGCCUUGCUCCUCUUGGACACCCCCAUUGACUUCAGCCGAGAGACGACCCCCAUCUGCCUGCCUUUGCUGCACGACCUCAGCAUGUGGCAAGACUGCUGGGUGGCCACCUGGGAGCCCAAGAUCAUCCCAGAUAGCAAUGAGAAACAACCUGCAAUGAUGAUGGAGAAAAUAGACGUGACUCUGAUUGGGUCGGAAACAUGUGCGCAGAAAAUCCCGGACUUGACAGAGAACGUGUUGUGCACCUCCUCUGAAAAGGACAUCGACGGGGAGUGCAAGGAUGAGAGCGGGAAUCCUUUGGUUUGCACUUACGGAAGCAACUUCAAAUGGUUCGUGGUUGGCAUUGCCAGCAGAGGAGAGGGCUGCGAAGAAAACGGGAGCCCCUCCGUCUACACCAACAUCUUCAAAUACCUGGACUGGAUCGAAAAAGCUACAGCGACUGAAGGAAAACCCUUUAUACCCGAAGGGGUGGACGACCUUGCAAUCCGAACAGAAAUCGCAGUUCGUAAUUCGGCUCCUGCUCCUCGCUUCAUUACUGCUCUCUCCAUAAUCACUCCUGUUUUAAUACUGAUAGUUUUCAAUUUAUAAUAAAAUUCAUGCUGUGGCUGGAA